UCGGGUCUGCCACUCCUCCCUGCCACUUGGGUCAUGGCUGCCUUCUGCUACCAGAAGACCUUCAUCGAAGAGGUUGUUGAACGAGUAGCAGAGGUCCGAGCAAGGAGCUGUCCACCAGUGCUGAAGACUUUGACAGUACCGAAAGAUGCAACCAGCCUUGACUUUAUGCAUGAUCAGAAGCGGCUCGCAUUGCAGGUGUCCAAACUUCAGGAAAGGUCUCAGCUGCCGUCUCUGCCAUCUAACGAAAUUGGCGCACCUCGCGUUCAGGAGAUUCCUUCGCUGGGAAGCCACGGGCAUCCCAACAUUUGUCGAAGGCCAUGCAUCCUCUUGGUGAAAGGAAAAUGCCAGAAGGGCUCAGCCUGUGGUUUCUGUCAUUUGGAGCAUGAAUUGCGCAUUCCUUCCUUUGACAAGCAGCAGAGAGACUACUUGAAGCUCCUGCCACGUGCAAUCUUCUUGCAGAUGAUCUUACCAUAUGUGCGCAAGACGGUGGAGGCCAGUGAGCUUCCUGGAGCCUGUCAAGUGCUUCAGCUACUGGAGAGCGAAAUCGUUGUCCGAGCAUUUGCUGGUUUUCCGAAGGCCCGAAGGUUUCCACGCAGGAUUCGCCAUGUGUUGGGGCGGAUGAGUUUGGCCAAUUUGGUCAGUGUGAUUUGCUCGACCCUCACUGGGCGUUUUCCAAAGGUUUUAGCCACCGAGCUCAAGGACUUGCGUGAUACCGCCCAGACUUUAGAGUCUUGAAUUCAGCCAGUGUUGGCACAAGCCAAGUGAAAAUCUAAUGCGAGGAUUCGCGAGGUGUG